UCAGCGCUAGCCCUGCAAGAUCUGCCCCGGCUGAUUGGCCAAUGUCUUACAUCCAACAUCUGAGCCUCAAAGCAGGCCGCGCUCUAGCCGCCACAACCAAUGGCAAGACUUCUAUUUAUGUUGCAUGGGAUUUCUGGCUGUGUAUCAGAUCAACCUUGCCUUAGCUUUGCGUAGGCGAACUUCCUCCUUCAGAUGUAAUUGUCAAAUGUGGUGGUGCGAAGGAGGCUGACUGCUGGGAGGAUGGGAGGAGCGAACAAAAUGUACCGGUUUUGCUGAUUUGGGGACUUUUGUGUUUCUUUCCUCUUUUUGCACGUGCAUUUGAUUUUUGCGUUUCGUUAAGUUGAAAAAAGCCAUGGAUAAUGAGAAUGUGGAUGCGGAUAAUGAUAGGAGUAGUUUGAGGGAGGCGGUUGAGAUGGCUGGUCUUGGGAGAGGAGAUGAGCGGGAUUCAGCAUCGCAGUCAAAGCAAACGUUGGCGAUCCCACGAAAGCCGAUACAGAAAUCGAUAUCCUCGCAUUUCAGAGAGAACAUUUCGCCAACGAGUCCAACAGCACCGAGCAGGGUUGUAUUUCCAGAUAUCGAGAUGGUGUCACCAGAAUCGCUGCGAGAGAGGAGUAUCGGGGAGGACACCAGGAGUUACAAUUUUGACUUCGACUUCGUCAGUCCUCAAAGCAUCAGAGCUCCGUCUCCAGAUCCGAAUCGGGAAUUACCCGCGAUCAUGGAGGAGCCAGCAGUAGCCGAACGUCCAGUGUCUUUGGUUUCGGCAAUGGAGGAGGAGAUCCGAGAUGAAGUGCCGAAAUCGCAUUCGAAUGAAGCAUAUCAAGUACCACCGCCUCCAAUAGAUAAUGAUUACAAUCCCUAUCAAGCAAUUGGAAGCCAAGUCGACCUCCUCAAAGUUGCUCCUGCGAAACGGAAAGGCACGAAGAAUUGGUUCUCAAGAUACAGCGCGGAUUGGUGGUUAAUGGAGUUUCUAAGUUGUCUGGUCAGUUUGUUGGCAACCGCUGCCAUAGUUAUCAUUUUGAAGAUAUAUGAUGGAAAGCCGUUAUCGAAAGGGCCGCAUUCGAUAACGCUUAACUCCUUGUUGGCGAUUUUCAUCACAAUAGCGCAAAUCGGACUAGUAAUCCCUCUUUCGGAGGCCCUGGGCCAGCUGAAAUGGGUGUGGUUCAAGGAAAACGAGAGAUCUUUAGUGGAUUUUGAAACGUUCGAUGAAGCGAGCAGAGGGCCGAUCGGUGGAAUGAAGUUUUUAAGGACAUUGGGAUUUGGACACUUAGCCAGUAUUGGAGCGUUGAUAUCGGUCCUUGGACUUGCGACUUCCCCCAUUACUCAACAGAUUAUUUCAUACAGGGAGCAUCUCGUUCCAGGUACUUCCGGUCCUUUGGCUCAAGCUGCCAGAAGUGACGUUUUCUUGGCUUAUAAUCCUAUUCAAGGAAGCACAGGUGUACCUGAUCUCAGCAUGCAGCAAGCCGUCAAGAUGGGACUUUUCAACGCGGCCAACGAAUCGAUUUCUGCUAGUACACCAUCUUGCUCGAGUGGAAACUGCACCUGGCCAGACUUCAGCUCACUUGGCAUUUGUUCAAAGGUCGCGAAUGUAACAAGCUUUCUCACCGUUUCCCCUCUCGCUACGAACCUCUCGGCUUCCAUCGGAUAUAUGGUAGACAACAAUGUUACUCUACCAAAUGGCGCCUUCCUUCAAGCUGGCGAAAUGGCAAUGAACAUCACCACUGCUCCAAAUGUGGACAACAGCUCAUCCGUAUCGCCCGUCAACGGUUCUCUUGCUUUUGCCAACGAGCCAAACGCUGCAUAUACAACAAUCAGCGACCACUAUGUCAUCUGGCAGAACACUGCCGGUCAAGGGCAGGCUGACUUUGGCGCUAUGGAAAUCCUCUUAUACUGGUGUGUAAACACCUACUCAACACAAGUCACCGCGGGGAUCUCCAGCACAAGCAUCAGUUCCACGUCCGUGAACAUCGCCUCUACCAAUACAAGCCUCACUCUCCCAGAUAGCAAUAGCGCCAAUGGGACUUUUCAACAAUGGGGCGAACUAGCCAUGAAUCCCUCCAAUAGCAGCGACAACUACACCGUCGAUGGGUCCGCCAACGCCGCUUUGGCUGCGUACAUGGGGACCACUUUCCGGGGAACGUAUGAAAUUGGCCUCGGUGGCGGAUACACCACCGACGCAGCGCAAGUUCUCGUCUCAGCUCUAUUUGGUGAGCCGGGUCUAGCAGGUGCGAGGGGUCAAGUAGCAGACGACAUGCAACUCUCAGGUGUACAGAACCUGACUCAGAAUAUCGCCACGGGUAUGACCAACAAUAUUCGUGACAGACAAUUCGCAGGCCAGGCGGCGACGGGGACUUCUUGGGUUCUUGAAACAUAUGUUCAUGUUUCUUGGCCUUGGAUCUCUUUCCUAAUCGUCUUGUUGGUGUCGUCUUUUGCUUUCCUUUUGGCGACGAUUGUUAAGACGAGAGCGGUGAAGGUGGAUGUUAUGCGCUCUUCGGCGUUGGCAACGAUGUGUGCUUUGGGUCAGGAGGUGAAGGGAUACAUGGGACCGGUUGAUUUGAGAGGAAGCACGUUUGAAAAGGCCGAGGGUCUGAGGGUUAGGCUUGGGAAAGGAGCGACGGGGUGG